AUUUCACUUCCUGUAAUUAUUAUUAUAAGUCAUAAUUUGCACACCGGCUCAUUUUAACAUAAGUUCAAUAAAAUUAAAAAUUUAGACUAAAAUUAGUGAACGUGCUCUCUGAAAGUGCGGUUAGGGUAGGCUUGCCACCAAUUAUACGCAGAGGACCGCUCAAGACCCCAGACCAUGGCUUCCCUUCUCGCACGUCUGAAUCAAUGACUUGUGUGGAAAGGCUACACACUUCAGAUUCCAGGAGACUCGAUGACAAUUUCCUUAGCAGGCGUCUAUAAUUGACUUUGUUAACGUCCAUAUGGUGCUUUGCUAACUUGUCACAGACAAAGACAGUUAACUCAAACGUAAAAACCAUAAAAUAAGUAGGAAAAUGCGCACACCAUAAUAAACAAUGCCUGCACAAGCAAUAGAAAAGGAACAGCCGCCCUGAAAAUCAAAUCUAACUUCCCAGAAACUUUCACUAUUUCCCAUUCCAUUAACUUAGUCAAUCGGCCUGAGUAUUCCUAGCACCAUCCCACAUAAGACAAAGAGGCAGAGCCAAGCCAAACCAAGCAGGCUAGGCCUGCAUGACCCACCACCUCAAAUCUCUCUCAAAUUCUUAACACUGGAACUUCCUGUCAACAUUCCAAAAUGUAUAACACAAGUGCUUAUUAGGUGACCAGUUCUUCAUAUACUUUUCCACCAAAGACCCGCGAUGGCACACAGCAUCUUCCCCCAUAUUAUGGGGCUUGACCAAAAUGGUGUCUUCAAAUGCAAGACUCAAAUCUUGGUCUAUAUAAGACACCAUGCACCUUAUCUAUUCAUAACUCAAAUCGUUGAUGUAAACUUAAAUCCUUCUCUCAUCAUUUCCUGCUUUUGUGCUUUGCAUAGACUUGAGAAUCUGAACUUGUUUUUCGACUAGCAUUAAUAUCGACGACCAGCAUCUAUUACAAUGGAGAAGACAUCAUCAACAUCCUCUUCACCAUUUCUUGUUUUGAUUGGUACAAUCUUGUUACAAUCGAUUGCUAACUGGUUACGUAGAAUUCAGGAGCUCUUUUUUAGAUUUCAGUCUUUUCUCCUAUUCCAGUAUACCUGUGAUAACUCAAAGGUUCGGGAUGAGAAGAACUUGGAUUCGGAGUUGAGCCAGCUGCCAAAGCUAUGUGAAAAGAAGGAUGAUGGUAGCUUGAGCAGAGAAGAUGUGAACAUGGUGAUGGGAAACUUGGGAAUUUUUUGCAGUUCAGAAGGGGAGGAACUACCUGAAUCAUUCUGUUCUGCUGAGCUUUCAGGGCUGUUUGAUGAGAAUGAGCCGAGCUUGGAGGAAGUCAAACAAGCUUUUGAUGUGUUUGAUGAGAACAAGGAUGGGUUUAUCGAUGCAAGAGAGUUGCAGAGAGUUCUCUGUAUAUUGGGCUUGAAGGAAGGUUCAAAGCUAGAAGACUGCCAGAAAAUGAUCGAGACAUUUGAUGAAAACAGAGAUGGAAGGAUAGAGUUCUUUGAAUUUGUAAAAUUUAUGGAGGCUAGCUUUUGCUAAACUAUUUUUUUAAAGGAACAAUUAUCAUUCCCGCA